GGUGUGCUAAUGUUUACAACCAUUGGGCUGUCAGUAGGUUUAUCGUAAAAAACUGUGAUUUAGUCGAUAUUUCAGCAGCAUAAGAAACGACAAAUCAAUAAUGGCGCGAACUAAAUGACCUAUCCUCACAUUCAGGUUUUUGUUAACUGUGAGUCCUCUGGUUGCUCUUGACUCACGGUUACACAGUGAAUCUGAGCCACCACCUGGGAGCAACAUUUCACAGUGUACAUUUUGCUGGCAAACAGUGGGCUGAUGGAGUGGGUUUACAUCAUGAACCGGAUGAGCUCUCAGGGUAGCUCUGCAGCCCAGCGGAGGCGCAUGGCCCUGGGUGUGGUGAUACUCCUGCUGGUGGAUGUCAUCUGGGUAGCCUCCUCCGAGCUAACCUCAUACAUUUUCAAGCGACAGGAGUACAACAAACCCUUCUUCAGCACGUUCGCCAAGACCUCCAUGUUUGUCCUGUAUUUGCUGGGUUUCCUGCUGUGGCGGCCCUGGAGGCAGCAGUGCACUGGCACUCUGAAGCGCCGGCACUCUGCGUUUUUUGCUGAUGCUGAGGCCUACUUUGCACCCUGCACCACUGACACCACUGUGAACAACUGUUUGAGUGAGCCACUGUAUGUUCCAGUGAAGUUCCAGGAUGUCCCUGCUGAGCCUUCAAAUUGCCUAAUCGGAGACUGUGAAUCUUCAGCUUCCAAAAAGCAGCGGGUGCGUUUCAGUAAUAUCAUGGAGGUGCGUCAGCUGCCUUCCACUCAAGCCCUGGAGGCCAAACUGUCCCGCAUGUCCUACCCAGCCGCCAAGGACCACGAGGCCAUGCUGCGCACGGUGGGCAAGCUAACAAUCACUGAUGUGGCCAAAAUCAGCUUCUUCUUCUGCUUUGUGUGGUUCCUGGCUAACUUGUCCUAUCAGGAAGCUCUGUCCGACACGCAGGUCGCCAUUGUCAACAUUCUGUCAUCCACCUCAGGCCUGUUUACGCUCAUCUUGGCAGCCAUAUUUCCCAGCAACAGCAGCGACCGUUUCACCUUGUCCAAACUGUUAGCUGUGGCUCUGAGCAUGGGAGGCGUUGCCCUCGUGAGUUUCUCCAGCAUGGACAACCCCGAUGAGAAAGGCGCCAUAGGUUCUCUGUGGUCGCUGGCGGGGGCGAUGCUGUACGCCGUCUACAUUGUGAUGAUCAAGAGGAGAGUGGAUCGAGAGGAUAAGCUUGACAUUCCCAUGUUCUUCGGGUUUGUGGGUCUGUUCAACCUGCUGCUGCUGUGGCCUGGCUUCCUCCUGCUCCACUACACGGGCUUCGAGGCCUUUGAGCUUCCCAGCCAGCUGGUGUGGACAUACAUCCUCAUUAACGGCCUCAUUGGAACUGUUCUCUCGGAGUUCCUCUGGCUCUGGGGCUGUUUCCUCACAUCAUCUCUAAUAGGGACUCUAGCGUUGAGCCUCACCAUCCCGCUCUCUAUUAUGGCAGAUAUUUGCAUGCAGAAGGUACGAUUCUCGUGGCUGUUCUUUGCCGGGGCGGUCCCCGUCUUCCUCUCCUUCUUCAUCGCCACGCUCUUGUGCCACUACAACAACUGGGACCCCGUCCUGGUGGGGCUGAGGAGAGUAUACGUCUUCAUUUGCAGGAAACAGCGCAUUCACAGACUGCCAGAAGACAGCGAGCAGUGCGAGAGCCUUAUUCCUCUACACGCCAUCUCCCCCAACGAAGGAAGCUUCUGUUCGUGAUCCAUCAGUCAAACACAAAGGUGGCGAACGUGGAUCUUGCUGAGCAGACAAUCUGGAAGCUUUCAGAGACAUUGAACACCCCAGUGCCUCAUAAUAAAAUCUAUUUAUUUUCUACAGUGUUGAGACGAGGAAUCCGUUUCUACAAGUCCAUUUUUGUUUUCUGUUUUUACUUUUUUUUUAAUGUUUUCAGUGUAAAAAGAAAAUUUGUGGUGCUCAAGGUGCUGGACAUUAUCAGUGAUUACUAUAGUGUCAUGUGACCAAAUGAAACGGUACAUUAUAACACUAACAGAGGCACAGAAACUGUGCGGUUCUUUUAAAAAUCUGACGUCAGUGAGUUCAGAGUUGACGUUUUUUAGGACGGACAUCAUUAUGUUUGUCUUCGGGCCUUUUGAAGCCUUGCUGCUUGUUUGUGAGUGUGUGUGUGAAGCAGACACGGUGUGUUUUCACAGAUCUGUCAGACAUGUAGGUGAAACACUUUCAAUUUGGCUGCCUUCGACGGAGCGAUCCUGCUUUACACACACACACAUCUUGGAUUUUAUACAGUACUGCAGCACUGUCACUAAUUUCAACAUCUGGAUCUGCAGUGCCAUCUGGCGCAGUACACGGGUUCAUGUUAGCGCCCUCGGCAGCUUGAGUAAUGACAGAACCGUCGUGGGUGACCUCUGCAUGUGAGAUAUUUUCCACUUCAUUUAGACCUCCAGGUGAUAAUAACACUGUCCUCAUACAAUCCCACAUCUCUGCUUCCUCCAUCUUGGACUGGUCUUAAUUUUAAUGUAUAAGUGAAAUCACACUACAGCUGAAUAAGAAAGCACCAUCAGCAGCCUACUCGUUCCCGGCUGUACCUCUGGCUGCUGGAUCAUGAAGACAAACUGUGACAGACAUAAUCUUUGUGUUUGAAUAUGAACUCAUCGUAAGCCUUCCGCUAUAAGCUACAAAAUGCCUUGCUGCAAUAACGGUCGUCUGCUUGUACGAGCAGUUUCCUUUUCAGGAUGAGUGUAAAUAUUGUACACAUUGAGAUGCAUUAACAGAGUAUUGAUGUUUGUGAAAUUCAUAUGACCACUAGCGAUUCCUGCUCUGAGAUCUUACUUUAUGUAUCUUUGUUGAAGAUUACUGCCAGACGAAGAGUUUGCAUAACAACCAAAUUCUCUUUUGCUUGCAACCGAUUGGACUGUCGUAUCUGAUCCUCCUUUCUUUCUUCAGGAGAAAACGAUUUACUGUGUUUGUGAUCUCAUGUGAUGAGACGCAGCGUUUCUUUUGCAGCUUCAGUGUCUGUCAUGCAAACACUACAGCUGAAGGUGAAAUGUCAACGUUGUUCCACUCGUGUUGUCACAUCAGGAAGUGACCGGCCUGUAGAUGAAGACAUCGAGCACUUUAAGCGACAGAUGUGAUCUUGUCCACGUUCAUUAUUGCCAAUCAGCACAUCCUCUGUCACAACUGCGAGCAUGAGAGCUUUGAUGGGAUGAUCAGUGGUCAUUUUUACCAUGUUGUCUGGUUGGAUUUGAAAAGAUGUUUCUUGUCAUCUUUUAUCGGUGGUGCUUGUUUCUGUAUCUGAUUUUUAUGUGAUUUUCUUCUUUUUUUUUCUUUCUCAGGUUCUUUGUCUUGUUUUUUCAUAUCUGAGCAGUUUCUUUGUCUUUUAAGUGUCAUUAAUGAAGAGAUCUAAAAGAAGGCCAGGAAGAAGACUGUAAUAGUAACUUCCAUUUUAUCAACCUCAGCUCUUGAAUUAUCCUUUUAAUUUGCUGUUUUCAUA